AAAUCGAAUGAAGCGUGCAAACAAAUUACCAAAGCAAGGGUGCGGACUGCAGAGCUGUCCUGUGGCAGUUCUGGUCAUAUCCUUUGUUAUAAUCCUUUCAGCCUCAGGAAUAUUUUUAAGUGGCAAAAGAGAGCAAAACAGUUCUUCAUUUGAUCUUUCAAAGCCGAAAUGGAAUAGAUUUCAAUCAUCUGUUCAAUUCCAACCUACUGUAGAGUUCAGGAAUGGAAAAGAAGUGAUAUGGCAGAUACCUGAUUCACCCAAAGCUGUUCUGUUUCUGGCUCAUGGAUGCAAUGGUAGAGCUAUAAAUUUUUGGGAUAAAUGUCCGAGUUGUCCGAAUUGCAUUGGUCUGCCCGAGGAAAGACUUAUUGUUCUUCAUGCUCUUGCUCGGAAAUUUGCUGUUAUAACCAUUUCAAGUGCAGGGAAAUGCUGGUCACUUGGGAGACGGCAGGAAAGACUAAUUGUCGAAGAGAUUAUCCAAUUUUGGGUUGCCAAUAACAAACUUGAAAAGCUUCCUCUUGUGGCUCUGGGAGCCUCAUCUGGUGGAUAUUUUGUUUCAUUGCUGGCGACUGAUAUGACUUUUAAUAGUAUAACAAUUAUGAUCGCACAAGCACUGUUUUAUAGAAAGGACAUACCGGAUGACUACCCUCCUACCCUUUUUGUCCACAUGCCUAAAGAUCGUGCAAGGUUGCAGAUUAUCAAUGAAAAUUUGGUAGCUUUAAGAAAGAAAGGCAUUGAUGUUGCAGAAAUUACUUGUAUGGAGUUCCCCUUGUAUCCAAAUUUCUUGGCUGACAGAAUCCCAGGUCUUGACCAGACCAUCUCUGUAAAGUUGUUUGAGCUAUUCCGCAAAAAGGGAUUUAUUGAUCAGAAUGGAUAUAUGAAGAAAGAUGGACGUGCAACAAAAUGGAAAGAAGCUCUCAUGGAGACGGGAACUCUUUUACCAGAUAAGCCUGUGUUGGACCACCACAUUCAAGAGGAACUGAAUCUUGCAUUUGCAUACCAUGAGAUGACUAGUUUGCAAUCUGAGCAGAUCUUUGACUGGUUUGAAUCUCACAUGAGUUGAUGAGGAACUUUGACAUGUAAAAUUCUCCCUUGCAAAGUCUUGCUAGAGCUUAUGUUGAUUGCUAACCAUGGAAUGUGUCAUGAACGGUGGUUGUAAAAUGAGAACAUUGAGAAAGCAUAUAUACUUAGUCAUUUACU